AUGGGCUCUUGCGAUUGCCUUGCCGAUAACCCUAAAGCCUCCCUCUUUUCAGACGACAGGUUCCUAUCAAGAGCCCGGGAACAUCUCGGAGCUCAUCUAAUCAACAUUAACGAAUAUCCGGAUGAGAAAUUCAGCCAGCGCACCUCGAAUGCUCAGCCACCUUAUCUAGUACAACUACCAGCGUGGGCUUUCAACCGCCUCACCGCAACCCAGCUCUUCGUGAGUCAUGCGACCAACUUUAACUUCUACAGCGAAGACAGCCACAUCACCGCACGAAUGUCAAAGCAUCGCAGCAUGAUGCGACCAAUCAUAAUUGACGCAACCGUCCUUUUUCAUCGUAUAGACAGAGAUGAGGUUGAGAUAUGCUUCCCUGAGCCUCUUCUUAUGCAUACACGUGCGGCUCCCUCGGGAUGCGCCUUACCGAUCAAGAAUUUUCCCGGCGUCCUCUUUGCUUUAUUGCCCUUCCGGUCCCCCCGCAUGGUGGUACGCACAACGUCCACCUUCCCGCAAGGCAAACUUGGGCUGCUAAAAGGGCACUUGGGAACAUAACCGCAUACCAAAGCCACUUUCUCUGUAGGUGAAGCAUACAUCAAAUUUGCCCGGCUGUGUAGAGAGCGCAGUAUUCAGGGCUGAAUCUUCGGAUUACCAAAAUUGUCAUCUUCAAGAAAUGCCUGAUCCUACAGCCCAU